AUACGGCAACGACGUGGCUGUGUUUCUUUAGCGUUAAGUUCUCGCAGCUAUAUCUUACUCAAAGAUUUUUAAAUAGUCACCUUCCUUUCACUUCAAUAUGAAUUCUAACAAAACAUACGUCUUGUCCAUUUGAAAAAAUAUCCACGAUCACCUGCACUACAAAUAUUCAGAGUAAAGGAAAAAGCGCCUCAACGCAGAAUAAUCAGCUAGCCCCAUAUUAAUCAUACAGAUCCAGUAUAGAUCUAGAUGGAUUCUCACGCUCAUCAUAAUGAACAUGCAGCUAGUAUGAAGACCUCUUUAUCAUCCAGGAAUAAAUACUAACAUUCAGUAGUUUCUGGAUCUACUCCUUCUUGGAGCGUAUCAUCUACACCACCAUCCGAAUCCCCUUCACAACCUCCAUCUCCUUCGAGAAGAUCCUCGUCACCAAGACCUCCUAGUCUCCUAUCAACUAGAGAGAAUGACCAACAAUUUAUCACUUACAUGGUACAGAACAACAAAAUCAUCGCCGAAAUGCAGGAGAAAUUAACUGGUGUCAAAAUCAACAAUAUGGAUUGCAUCGGUGUAGCCGAGAGAGAAGAUUUAGCCAGACAAGUCUUAAUCUUGCAAGCUGUCGAUAGUUCAUCACAUGACAAGCUCCGCAAAAUCGUUUUCGAGCUUCAAAGUGAUAGAAUCAUCAGGAAAUGGAGAAAUACCAAAUAUGCUGGUCUCAAAAUCGAUUGGAAGAAGGUAAUCCCUGAGCUUGUGGUGGGUAAUAAGUUCGUCAGGAAUUGGUUGACGAAGAUGUUAUUGAGAAAAAAGGCCGAUGGUACUUCUGAGAUUAGUGACGAUGGUGAAUUUUAUUCAGCCUGGGGAGUUGGACAAGAUACUAGUAGGAAAUGGGGAGCCAUAGGAUCUUUGGCUUAAGGGAUAUUGAUCACGAUGCUUUGGGAACUUUUGCGAGAUA